CGCACUAUAACCGGGUUUAGCUCAUCAUAUCUUGAUAUUGAAGAAUAAAAAUCCAGAAAAGGAAUUUUCCCUCUCUCUCCUUUCUCUCGACUUUCUGUGAAAACCUAGUGCCGCCGCCGGUGUGCUGGACCUGACAGAUAGGGCAAUAAUCGGGGUUUAGAACAAAGGAAAAGAUAAAAUGCCUACAUUAUAUCAAUUGAUUCGUCAUGGAAGAGAAGAAAAACAGCGCUCGAACCGUACUCGAGCUUUGGGUCGAUGUCCCCAGAAAGAAGGCGUAUGCCUACGUGUUUCAACGAGAACGCCGAAAAAACCUAAUUCAGCUCUCCGUAAGAUCGCCAAAGUACGGUUAAGCAAUAAAAAUGAUGUAUUUGCUUACAUUCCAGGCGAAGGUCAUAAUUUGCAGGAACAUUCUACGGUCUUAGUAAGAGGAGGCAGAGUGAAAGAUUUGCCAGGUGUGAAAUUCCAUUGUAUUCGAGGAGUCAAGGAUUUGCUGGGAAUUCCCGAUCGAAGAAAUGGCAGAUCCAAAUACGGUGCAGAAAAACCCAAAGAUGGCGCACGGCACUAUUCGACAUCGUGUUUUAUAGAGGCUUCGGGUAAGGCUAGGUGGAGCACCCCUGUUAUCAUAUCAUGGAUAUCAGAACCUAGUCCAAAGGAACCGGAGCGGCACCAGUUGAUUUCUCGUCUUUGUGAUCCAGUAUUCAGAAAGCAUACUGAAUUUGUGAGAAUGCUGGCUUCAAAGACUGCUGAGAUUGGACAAGAAUUUUUCAAGUACUUACAGCUAACUAAUGAGCCCAAGCAACCCUCAAUGCAUUGGUCAGUGAAUCGGCAAAAUAUAUUAAGUACAUUGAGCUCUAAUAUUUUCUGCCGAUCAAAUCAUACUUAUGAUUUCUACCGAGGUUUUGGUUCCACUACGGCAAAUAACAAAGUUGAUAAAGUCAAUGGAUUUGUGUCGAAGUUGCGUCCGGAGAAAGAAUAUAAAAUUACUGGCAAGUCUGAUUCUGCUCAACAGAUGACUAAAGUGUGUAGUCGGGGAUCAUAUUUGCAGAUUAACGGAGAGUGUGUUUUAUCUGCAAAUUCAAGCCGUCGGAUCCUCUGGAUUACUAAUAAGCUCCGCCGUGCUCUUUGAAUUCAUAUACACAUUAGUCUCCAUGGUGUUGGUGCGAGUUCAAAAUAGCUUGAUGUUUAAUUACUUUUUAUAUAUUAAGGCAGUUAAAUUUUGUUGCCAUGUAUUACCUUAGGGGGAAGGAGACAAAGUUGGUGUGCAUUAUCAAGAGCUUCUAGCUCAAGGAAAGAUUGAGAAAUCUCAAAAUUUGAUUUUUCGAGAACAAGAAUGCAUAUGUUGUUAGAUUUCAGUAUGGGGUCUUAUGCAUUUGCAGCAUGAAGUGAUAAUACCUAGGUGAAUGCUGUUUAAUCUGUUCUUUUUAAGUGAAGCAUAAAAAUUGGAAAAUAAUAACAAUUUAUUAUUCUGAAAAAUUCACUAAUUUAUGUAUAAGCUCUUCUUUUGUAAUCACAGAACGCCUUUUGAUGACUGAAAAUAAGAAGAAAUGGAUGGUGUCAAAUAGCUCUGGUAAGCUGCUAGAGACCAUCUGGUGCCGCCAGUUUGCUUUGUUGGUUGAAUAGUACCAUCUUCUUCAGCAUCUGGGCUCAUCAUCUCACUUCUGGUGCGAGGUUGAAGCACACUCGAGUACGACGACAUUGUGAAUAACUUGGUUAUCUCCAUUUCGCUUGUUGACAAGUUCAUACUGCCAAAAAAUUUAUCCAAUAAAACAGAAUUUGCCUGUAUUACACUGUAUAUAUCUUGAUAAAUAUUUUAGAUUAUUUAUUUACCAUAGAUAGGGAUUUUGUACCGUAAAUUCUAAAGUUAAUUGAGUUACGCUCUUUGUAUAUUUACCAAUCCUAAUGACACAGAGAACGGCAAGAGAUUGAGCCGAUUUCUUCUUCUCCUUUGGCUCUCUUCAUGGUAUCAAACGCAAGGUUUAAAUCUUCCUGUUGCGAUUGUUUUUUUUUUUUCCAGUAAAUAAUGACGAAUACAGUGGCUGAAAAGUCGGCUGCUGCUGUUGAAGGUGGUGAUGUGGCUAGCCGCCGGCGGACGAUUUCUCCUUUUGACAUCUCCGCCAAUGACAUCUCGGCAGCGUUAUCACGACUAUCCAACUCCGUGGCGACAGUAAUUUCGCCGAAUGGACCAAAGCAAUCAAGACCGCUCUCCUGACUCGCAAGAAAUUCGGGUUUCUCGACGGUUCCCUCACUUCGCCGCCGGCAUCCUCUCCUGAUGCUGAAGAUUGGGGGCCGAUCAACGCCCUUCUGGUGUCAUGGAUCCUUAAUACGAUCGAACCCUCGCUCAGGUCUACCAUUUCACAUACUGUCGUCACGAGGGAUCUUUGGCGUGAUCUUCAAGAAUGCUUCUCGAUCGUAAAUGGCACGCGAAUUCAGCAACUGAAAUCCGAUUUGGCGAACUGUCGACAGAAAGGAUUGAGCAUUGUUGCGUAUUACGGUAAGCUUAAAU